GUGCCCUCCCGCCUGCAACAACUCGCCGGAUUUGCUGGUCGGGGAAAUGGCCACAGCACUCAUUGCUGGACUCGCGGUUGCUGGCGCUGCUCUUGCGGGCAGAUACAGCAUCCAGGCUUGGCAUGCUUACAAGGCAAGGCCCAUAGUCCCAAGGAUGCGUAAAUUCUACGAAGGUGGAUUUCAAGCUACAAUGACCCGAAGGGAAGCUGGUCUAAUCCUGGGUAUCAGAGAAAACGUGCGUCCUGAUAAGGUAAAAGAGGCACAUAAGAGGGUCAUGGUUGCCAACCAUCCGGACGCGGGUGGAAGCCAUUACCUCGCGUCGAAGAUCAACGAGGCGAAAGAUGUUCUGCUAGGGAAAACAAAAGGAGGUGGUUCAGCCUUCUGAUUCUUUAGUAGUUGCUCCUCAGAUGUUAGGUUCUGGACAAUGAAUCUUAGAUA